AUGGCGUCCGACGAUGCAAACGUGCUCCAGCUUCGGUCGAGCGACAACGUGCUUGUCCCGAUCACGUACAAGGCGGCGCGGCAGUCGCAGAUCCUGUGCGACAUGCUGAACGACGUCGACGAGAACGGAUACACGGAGAUCCCGAUCUCAGAGGUCGACGGGGAGACGCUGAAGAUCAUCGUGGAGUGGUGCGCGGCGAAGGCCUUCCUGGUCGCCGCCGAGCUCACCCUGAUCGAGAACCUGAACCUGGCGCGCGCGCAGCUGCGCGAGGAACGGAACAAGGCGCGCGAGGAACGGCGGGCGGCCCGCGAAGCCGAGACGGGCGACCCCUCCGAACUGAGCGAGCCGGGCUCGGACGAGGAGCCGGUCUUGCCGCCGCCGAACGUCUACGUCAACCCGGGGGACUCGUUCUCGCCCGUCAUCGACGAGCACCCGUUCAUCGUGCCGACGUGGCCGGACAACUACCUCGAGAACAUGCCGCAGGAGCGCAUCUUCGCGCUCAUCACGGCCGCCAACUUCUUCGACAUCCACGACCUGUUCGAGGCCUGCGCCAAGGUCCUCGCCGCCCGCGCCCAGGCCAUGUCCAUCGACGAGAUGCGCGCGUACUUCGGCGUCCAGAACGACUUCACCGCCGAGGAGGAGGAGGACUUGAGGAAUAGCUACGGCUGGACUGGGAACCCAGUAUAG